GGGAAGAGGGAAAGUUUUYUUUAUUUAGAUCAGUUCCUAAGAAGACUCACCUGGCAGGUUUUCGCCUCGGUGUGAGCGUAUAAAACGAGAUGGUGAUGGAGCUGCACAGUCAAACAGACUCAGGAGUGAAGAACGCUUCACGUCAAAGACGAGGCAAAUCACUGCAGAAGAAACCACUGAUCUUCACAAGCUGAGGUAAAGAUGAACUCUGGGAUCCAGUGCAUCGUUCUUCUGGCCUGCAUCGCCGUCUGCUCCUCAGCUAGUAUUAUGAGGUGCCAGUGCAUAAAAACGAUUUCAGCAGUAAGACCCCAUCUCAUCGCUGAUGUGAGAGUGCAUCAACCUGGUCCAUACUGCAGCAAACAGGAAGUGAUUGUCAUCCUCAAAGAUGAAACCCAGCGCUGCCUUGACCCUGAGGGACGUCAGGCUCAAGACAUCAUCAGAUCACUCCUGAAAGCAAAAGAAAUGCAGACAAAGGCUGAGAAAACGAGCAGAGUCAACACAAAAGCAACUACUGCAGCAGCAGCAACUACUGCAGCAACCACAACUACUGCAACAUCAGUGGAAGCAACAGCAGUAGAAGCAACAGCAGCACCAACAGCAGCAGCAGCAACUACUGCAGCAGACAAAGGCUGA